CUGUGAAUCACAUGACAGCUCGGGAGUCUCCUGACUCGCUUCUACCGAUUGUUUUCUCGUUCAGUUAUUAUUGCUAAAAUAAGAUGGCGGCAGAGAGGGAGCCUCCACCGAUGGGCGAAGCUGGGCAGACUGACUUCAGGGAAGUGGAAGAGGCUGAGGACCUUUUUGUCAGCACAGCUUCAACGCUGGAGUCCAGUCCCUCAUCCCCAGAGCCGGCCAACUUGCCUGCUGAAGACGUCAGCACCAACUCCAAUGGGCCUAAACCCGCAGAGAUCUUACUGGACGACGAGCCGGAGGACCUGUUUGCCGAGGCCACAGAAGAAGUGUCCCUGGACAGUCCAGAAAGGGAACCCAUCCUGUCCGAUGACCCCUCUCCCGCCAUCACCCCGGUGACCCCGACAGCGCUGAUAACGCCCAGGGUCGAGCCCAAGAUCAUCUCUGUCCCUGCCAUGUUCGAAAGGUCCAUAGAUGAGGCUGAAGAGGAAGCAGACGGAGAUACAUUUGACAUGCAGAUUGUAGUGUCUGAUCCAGAGAAAGUUGGGGAUGGGAUGAAUGCUUACAUGGCAUAUAAAGUAUCAACAAAGACAUCCCUGACCGUUUUCACCAUGAAUGAAUUCUCAGUCAAGAGAAGGUUUAGUGAUUUUCUUGGACUGCAUAGCAAGCUAGCUUCCAAGUAUAUGCAUAUAGGAUACAUAGUUCCCCCUGCACCAGAGAAAAGCAUUGUGGGAAUGACAAAGGUGAAGGUGGGGAAGGAGGACCUGUCAUCUGCAGAGUUUGUGGAGAAACGAAGAUCAGCUCUGGAAAGGUAUCUGAUGAGAACCGUUAAGCAUCCUAUUCUGUUACAAGAUCCUGAUGUCAUCCAGUUUCUGGAAAGUUCUGAGCUGCCGCGAGCGGUUAGCACGCAGGCGCUGAGUGGGGCCGGAAUAUUGAGGAUGGUAAACAAGGCUGCCGACGCUGUCAACAAAAUGACAAUCAAGAUGAAUGAAUCGGAUGUGUGGUUUGAGGAGAAACAGCAGCAGUUUGAAAACCUGGAUCAGCAACUGAGAAAACUGCAUGGCAGCGUGGAAGCGUUGGUCCUCCACCGAAAAGAGCUGUCGCUGAACACGGCGUCGUUCGCCAAGAGCGCCGCCAUGUUGGGGAACUCUGAGGACCACACGGCGCUGUCGCGGGCGCUGUCGCAGCUGGCUGAGGUGGAGGAGAAGAUGGACCAGCUCCACCAGGAGCAGGCGUACGCCGACUUCUACCUGUUCUCCGAGCUCCUCGGCGACUAUGUGCGCCUCAUCACCUCCGUAAAGGGCGUGUUCGACCAGCGGAUGAAGACGUGGUCCAAGUGGCAGGACGCUCAGGUCAUGCUGCAGAAGAAACGGGAGGCUGAGGCCAAGCUUCAGUUCGCCAACAAGCCGGACAAGCUGCAGCAGGCCAAGGACGAGAUCAAAGAGUGGGAGGGCAAGGUACAACAGGGAGAGAAGGACUUUGAGAUGAUUUCCAAAACCAUCCGCAAGGAAGUGGGAAGAUUUGAGAAGCAAAGAGUGAAGGACUUUAAAGCUGUUAUUAUUAAAUAUCUGGAGUCACUAGUGCAGACACAGCAACAGCUCAUAAAAUACUGGGAAGCAUUCUUGCCUGAAGCCAAAGCUAUCGCAUAAACGGAACACCCUUCGCAAACCAGGCCUUGCUGAUGAACAACCGCCAACCGCCAGCCCCCUCCCACCCACCCCCACCUUUUAUGUUUACGUCAGAUUCGCGCACACUUCAAAAAAAAAGAAAGAAAAAAGAUGCACGGAAAAGGAAAAUCGAGAUCGCCACCCAAAUAAACCACUACAUAUUUUCUGAAUUGCUCACUUUUCCUCCGUCCUUUUUUGUUUUGGCCCUGUGUGCCAUGAAGGAGUGGCCCGUCUCUGAUUUGAAGCCUGCAGACUGUGUUGGGGUGUUCUGAACCCUCGCUCGAAUCAGCACUACAGCUUUCGUCUUAUCACCAGUAUGAUCCUUUUUUUUCUUCUGUCACUUAACGUGCAAUGUUUGAGUCUGAAAUUUUUGUUUGAUUUUUUUAUUUUAUUCGUUUUUAAAGCUUUGUCUAAAAUAUGUUGGGUUUUUUUUGUUUUUUUUAAGUUUCAUUUAAUGUUGACUACAUUCCUGUACAGAAAACAUUUGAUUACUAUAAUACUAAUAAAGGAAUGUGCCCCAAAA